UCGUUCAAGAGCGUCACCACGGUCUUUGGCAACCUGGCCCUCGCGUACGGCGCCGGCAUCGUCAUUCCCGCGCUCCAGCGCGAGCACUCGGACCCGACGCGCAUGCCGCGCAUCAUUCUCGUGACGAUGACGCUCAUCUCGGCGUGCUUCUUGGCCGUGUCGAUCACGGGUGUGUCAGCGGUCGGGUGCCAGAUCCCGGGCAACCUCCUCUUUGCCAUCACGGGCACCAAGCUCGGCUUCUCGGCGUCCCGUGGCGGCAUCGUGCUCUCGUACCUCUUCAUGCAGCUGCACAUUACGAUCGCGUUCGCGGUCAUUAUGUUCCCAGCCUUCUUUAUCGCCGAGCGCCUCGUCCUCGGUUUCCACAAGGAGUCGUUCGCGAUCGCUACGGACGAGGCGGCGUACCAGGCCAUGGAAGCCUCGGAGGCCGAGAAGAAGGAGCAUGCCGAGGACACGUUUGGAGCGUCGUACAAGGUGCCUGGCAACUACCGCAAGGCGGCCGCGCUGCGCAUUGUCAUUGUGGCCAUCUGCACGGUGAUUGCGAUCGCGUGGAAGGACCACUUUGGCGACCUCCUCGACUUUGUGGGUGCGUCGUCGACGGCCACGUGCUGCAUGAUCCUCCCGAUUGUCUUUUACCUCAAGACGUUCAACGGCACGAUCGCGCUCCCCGAGAAGAUCUUUGCCUACACCGCCGUCAUCGUCUCGACCUUUCUCGCCGUCUACGUCUCGAUCAACACGGGCAAGGCGCUGUUUGCGCCCGUCGAGGCCGACCCGUCGAUUCGCUUCCCGUACUGCGCCGGCGACUACCGAAAGAUGGUCUACACCAACACGACGUUCUUCAACAGCAAGCGCGCGCUCUAUGGCUACUAGAUGUAUUGUGUGUCGAAUGUGAUUGUAAACCAAAUGUAAAAUAUGUACCAAUGUCCAUCCAAGACCAGACACAAA